AAGCAGCGGCGAUCCGAGCGCUCUUAGUUUAUUUGGUAGCUCUCAGCGAUGCACACGCAUUUUUCUAAACUAGUAUAAAGUGAUUAUGUGCACCGUCUGAGUGGAGUCGCGACGCGAACUUGACGAGUGAUAUCAACGAUGGCUGCAGCUACCAACACGAUUUUCCUGCUGGCUGUGAUGACCUUGGCCACGGCCAAGCCCAUCCUGGUCACCUUCGGGACGCACCAAGGCCCCAUCGAGCCCCCGGAGCCGACCCCAAAGCCGGCUCCUCGGGCCGCCGUCGCCCGCAGUCCCGCCCCCGUGGUAGAGGACACGGAGGACGUCCCCAACCCCCACGUCUACCGGCCGCUGGUGCCCCACCAGUACCGCCGCAAGAUUUACGCACAAAGGCCGCCCCCGAGUCUCAUCCUCGGCACCCCCAUCGACCAGAAAUACAACCCCGUUGUGGAGAAAUUUGAUGUUUACAGGAAACAGCAAAAUAGGGGGGUGGAGUACACCGGGCCCCAUGUUUUCGACAGACAACAGUACGAGUUGGAGAGGAGGGUGCCCGUGAGGUACAUCAAGCCUCAUUUUUAUCAAAAAGAAAAAACCGUGCCUGAAAUUGGGGUGGUUUAUUCAGCAGGAGUGAGGUACUAUGUGCCUCAGAUUGCUUACGUCGAGCCGAGGCAGGAUGAAGAGCAGGAAAAUUCCGUUUAUGAUCGCAAGGAUGAAAAGUAUUUCUACAAAAUCAAGGGACAGUGAAAUGUGAAUAAGUGCCAAGAAAAUUUUAAGGAAAUUUUAUUAAGUCGAGGAAUUUAUGUGUCAUAAUUGUAUGAUACCAAAUAUGUAAAUAUUUUAAUAAAUUUAUUUAGUUUU